AUGGAAGCCAUCGCGAGCCGCAAGCGCAUCAACCCCCCUCGGGACGCAAACCCAAAUGCUCUCGCCGGGAAGGUGGCUCUCGUCACCGGAUCCUCAUCAGGCAUCGGUGCUGCAGUAGCCAGAGAGCUAUCAGCCCGAGGUGCCUCGGUGGUGAUCAACUAUGGCUGGCCAGAUCUGCAGGGUGCCGCCAACGAAGUCGGAAACAGCCUAAACACCCCUUGGAUAGCUGUUGAAGCAGAUAUAUCCACUGUAGAUGGACCUGCUAAGCUCGUCAAAGCCGCCGUCGACAAGUUCGGAAAAAUUGACAUUAUCGUCAACAACGCUGCCAAGGCGACGCUUACCAAGGUCGAAGACACCACGGUCAAUCUCUGGGAUACUACCAUGAACACGAAUGUUCGGGGCGCAUUUCUCGUCACACAAGCGGCUUUGCCUUACUUACCUCCGAAACCUGAGGGCGGGGGCGGCAGAGUUAUCAACAUUACGUCCGAAGUUGCUACAUCCCCUGAGAUUCUUCAGACGGCCUACGCGACUAGCAAGGGCGCAAUUGCAACUCUCACCAGAUGUCUCGCCAAGGACCUCCCGCCAACUUAUGGGUGCACAGUCAAUGCGGUGUCGCCCGGUAUUGUUAAAACACCGCAAUUUCUUGGCGAACUUCAGAAGAUGGGCAACGCAUUUCUGACUCAGAUCCUCGAUGCGCGGACUCCAGUCGAUGGAUGGAUUGGGUUGCCUGAAGAUGUUGCUUUCGCUGUUUCGUUUCUGGCUGAGGAGAGAGCUAGCUGGAUCAACGGCGCGAGCAUAAAUGUUUCUGGUGGAAUGUUUUUCGAUUAG